AUGGCAACAUUCGGGAGCUACCUCACCCCCGAGUUCCUCGCCGCUCCGCCAGACCAAACCCCCGUUCUCUACGGCCGCCCACUCAAGGCCCAUGAGAUCCUUGUAUCGCCAGCGCGGCCCCCUCCCGAGCCCUUGAAUCCCUGGAUACAGCUGCGAGACCCUCCAGAGGAACCAAGUGCCGACGCUACCCAAACAGCCGAAGCAAAACCCAAGAGGUCACUCAGACGCAAACUGAAGAGCAUGGUGACUUCAACUCGCAAGUUCUUUUCGCGGCACUUGCGCAAAUCCUCGUGA